GGGCGGUAGGAGGGAGGCAGCUGCUGGCCCAACUCCACGACCUUGAAUGUGGGCAGUGGCCUGUCGCUUGCCGCAGCGAUAGGGAAGUGUUCGGAGAGAAGACAUCGAGAGGAAGGGGAAAAUCGUGCAGAGCGUUUGAAAAGGAAGUAUGGAACAACCUAAACAAGUUCGGAUACUGUACCUAAAUGAAUGGGAUAGAUUUGAAAGAACACUUUUCCGCCUCAAGCAAGGAUAUGAAUUGCAGUUUCGUCUUGGUCCAUCUUUACAAGGGAAGGAUGUUAAUGUGAACAUCAACUAUCCAGCUGCUUCAGAUAGUUUUGAACGUCAUCGCUUUCAGACAUUGCAGUGGCAGAAUCCAGUAGGAGGCGAUGACUCUGAUAAAUACUGUGCAGUUAUUUUGCAGAUGUCUGGAUCCUUUCAAUUUUAUUAUGUCUCUAGAAAUAAUCAAAGGAUUGGUGCAGGCUUUAUCAUUGUGGACCCUAUUCUACGUGUUGGACAUGACAAUCAAGUUCUGCCACUGGAUUGCAUUUGUCUCCAGACGUUCUUGUCCAAAUGUUUGGGACCAUUGGAUGAAUGGGAGGCCCGGUUGAAUGUUGCUAGGCAAACAGGCUAUAAUAUGAUACAUUUUACUCCAUUACAAACUCUUGGAUUGUCGAGAUCAUGCUAUUCGUUAGCAGACCAGUUGGAAUUAAACCCUGAUUUUUCUCGGCCUGAAAAACUUUACACUUGGAAUGAUGUUGCGAGGCUAGUGGAGAAGUUGAAAAAGGAGUGGAACAUGCUCUGCAUAACAGAUGUGGUCUACAAUCAUACAGCUGCCAACAGUGGCUGGCUGAAAAAACACCCAGAAUGUUCCUACAACAUCUUAAAUUCCCCUCAUCUGAAACCUGCUUGGCUUCUCGAUCGAGCCUUGUGGCAUUUAACUUGUGAUGUGGUCAAAGGGAAAUAUCAGGAUAGGGGACUGCCUGCUGCCAUUGAAAAUGGAAGUCAACUUGACAAUCUUCGCACGAUCCUGUGGGAGGACAUCUUUCCUAAACUGCGCCUUUGGGAAUUCUAUCAAGUUAAUGUUGACAAAGUUGUGUCUGACUUCCAGAAUGCACUGCAAUAUGGUGAGAAGAAAAAAUGUGACACCAAGCAGCCUCUUAAAGUUAUUCAGGAUCCUGAAUUUAAGAGAUUUGGGUGUGCUGUUAACAUGAGCACAUUACUGAAGUUGUUUAUGCCUCAAGGUAACAGUCCUAAUGAAAUAGAAGAAUGCUGCAACGCGGUUCGUAAAAGACUGGAAGAGUUAAACGGGGAACGUUAUCAGGAAUUGCAUUGGCAUCAUGAACAGGCUGCGAACUGCACUUUGGGGACUGUAAGUUAUGAGCGCCUGGCGGACUAUGGCCCUAAACUUGGACCUGUAACAUUAAAAAAUCCUCUAGUGACAAGAUACUUCACUUACUACUUUGAAGAAAUGUCUUUGGCACAGGAGGAGCCAAUGAUGUAUCAACCAGAAAAGGCAGUGUAUUUUAUGGCCCAUAAUGGCUGGGUGAUGGGUGAUGACCCUCUAAGAAACUUUGCUGAGCCAGGCUCUAAUGUUUACCUGAGAAGAGAAUUGAUUUGCUGGGGAGAUAGUGUUAAGCUUCGAUAUGGAAAAAAGCCAGAAGACUGCCCUUAUCUUUGGGCACACAUGCAGAAGUAUACAGAAAUCACAGCCAAAAUCUUCUAUGGGGUGCGCUUAGACAACUGUCAUUCAACACCUAUUCGUGUUGCUGAGUAUAUGCUGGACACUGCCAGAAGAAUAAGACCAAAUUUGUAUGUAGUGGCAGAACUGUUCACUGGAAGUGAGGAGAUGGAUAAUGUCUUUGUGACUAAACUGGGCAUAAGCUCUUUAAUACGAGAGGCAAUGAGUGCUGGUGACAGCCACGAAGAGGGGAGACUGGUCUACCGGUUUGGAGGACUGCCUGUUGGAUCUUUUGCUCAGCCAUCUGUGAAGCCUCUAAUACCCAAAAUUGCUCAUGCUUUGUUUAUGGAUGUUACCCAUGAUAACGAGUCCUUGAUUAAGCGUCGUUCUGCUCAUGAUGCUCUUCCCAGUUCAACUAUUGUUUCUAUGGCAUGCUGUGCCUCAGGAAGCACAAUGGGUUAUGAUUACCUAGUACCCCAUCAGAUAUCUGUGGUUUCAGAGGAGAGACUGUACCCUGUAUAUAAUCCUAAUACGCGUCCAGAAUAUCUAGGGGAAGUAAAUCAGCAAAGUGGAAUCAUUGCAGGAAAGCAAGCAAUUAACAAACUUCACCGUGAACUUGGAGCUAAUUCCUUCUUUCAGGUGUACGUGGAUCAGUUGGAUGAAGACACAGUGGCAGUUACACGACAUUGCCCAAGUAACCACAACUCGGUAGUGGCUGUGUCACGUACUGCAUUUCGAGACCCAAAUACAUCAUACUACAAGACUGAGCUGUCUCCUAUGUACAUCCCAGGUGAAAUAACUGAAAUCAUAAUGGAAGCAAUGACCGUGCAUAGAGAAACUGAUGAUUACAGAGAAGAUAAAUAUUUCAUUAAUGGAUUACCUCAAUAUACAGUGAAUAUCCAUGAACACACUCAGUUAAGUGACAGCAAAAUUGUUAAAACAGAGGUAACUUCUAAAGAUCGCAGUGACUACGUAUAUAAAAUCAACUUUGAAAACUUUCCUCCUGGAAGCAUCAUUAUUUUCCGGGUAAGUCUUGAUGCAAAGGCCCAGGAAACAGUUGGAAUUCUCCGCCAUCAUCUUGCUCAAUUCAGCCCUCACUAUAAAGUUGGCAGUAUUCCUGAUGAUGCUCCUUCAACCAUACUGACUCAAUCAUUUAAAUCUAUUGCCUCCGAUAUUACACUGGCCGAUCUGAAUCUGCUGUUUUACCGAUGUGACUUUGAGGAACAGGAAGAUGGAGGCGGCUGCUAUAGUAUUCCAAAUAUUGGAGCCUUGAAGUAUGCAGGUUUGCAAGGGUUUAUAUCAGUACUUGCGGAUAUUAGACCUAGGAAUGACCUUGGACAUCCGUUAUGUGAAAAUCUGAGGGCUGGAGACUGGAUGAUGGACUAUAUUUCUAAUCGUUUGAUUGCACAUGGAGGCAAACUUGAAGAGAUCGGUAAGUGGUUUGAAGCCAUGUUUGCUUUCGUCAAAAACCUACCUCGCUACCUUAUCCCGUGCUACUUCGAUGCAAUCCUUGUAGGGGCAUACAAAACUCUUGUGGAUGUAACGUUGAAUCAAAUGUCAAGUUUUGUGCAGAAUGGCUCAUCGUUUGUGAAGCAACUUGCUCUGAGUUCAUUGCAAAUGUGUGGAGUGGGAAGACUUCCUGCUCUUCCGAGACUGUCUGGUUGCAUAGAAGGUGUUCCGACUAGACAUAACUACAUUACUGGUGAGAUCGAGCAGUGCUGUGUUUCAUUAGCAGCAGGGCUACCACAUUUUGCUGCUGGAUUAUUCCGCUGUUGGGGUAGAGAUACAUUCAUUUCUCUCCGAGGUCUAAUGCUGGUGACAGGACGCUACUUAGAGGCCAGGUAAGGAAUU